AUGGCUUGUGGUGAGAUCGCCAACGCGCUAACUGCACAGUUUGGUCCAACUGUGGGUUUCUCAGAGCGAAAUGUGAGAAGAUGGUGCUUUGAACGUGGCCUAAAUCAGGACAUCUGUCCUGACAAUCGGCUUGAACUUGAAGUCUCAAAAGGAAUCGCAGAGACUGGAUCAUCAUUUGGCCGCAAAAUGAUGACCGGAUACUUGUCUGCAAAAGGCAUUAAAGCCUCUGAGGGUAGGGUGGGGAAGAUAUUAAGGUCUGUAAAUGAACCUUACCUCGUGGCACGCCAACAGGGUGCCCGCAAUUUAAACCCUGUCCCAUAUAAUGCUGAGUAUAUGGGACACAAGUUACAUAUGGAUCAAAAUGAAAAACUGGUAAUGUUUGGUGUCACACAUGUUAUGGCCAUAGAUGGUUACAGCAAGAAGGUUGUAGGCUAUUCUACAAUGCCAAUAAAAAACAACCUCACCAUUUAUGAGGAGGUGUACAGACAUGCAGUGCAACAGUAUGGUAUCUGGGACCAAGUAAGGGUUGAUUGUGGGAAGGAGUUUUAUCUGUCACUGUUUAUGCAAGAAAAACUGGCACACCACAGACACAAUCAACAAAGGCAACCCUAUGUUCAAACGCCUUCCACUAAGAACCAUGUCAUUGAACGUAUGUGGCCAGAAGUGAAUGCACGGGUGAACUACCCAUUGAAGACGGCCUUGAUUCAGCUGGUUGACAGUGAGGAACUUGACAUGGAAGACAACGUAUCCCGGUUUUGUGUGUCAAACCUGACCUGCCAGUUAGCUGGGAUUGGCAUCAACAAUGUCAUAAAGGCCUGGAACGCACAUAGGAUCCCAGGAAAAGGAAUCCCGGAUGAGCUUGCUUCUGGAGGGUGUCCUGUGAGAGUCAACCAAGAUCAGCUUCCUGAUGCAAAUGUUGCUGCUGAUUGGUAUCGUCAGGAAACUGGGUCUGAACUGACAAGAGAAUCUGUUUUUGGAGCUGAUCCAUUUCUCUCCGAAGAAGCCAGAAUGCUAUGA